AAACCCUUUAAAUCACACCAGCUACAUAACAGACCACUGCUUUACACAGAUCAACACCUGAAUUAAGAGAGUAGAAUUUCCUUUUUAAGGAGAAGGAAAACCCUUGACAAAGAACUUUACUUUUCAAAUUUCCAAUCAAGACAAGAGGACACAUAAGGAUGGGAUCUGCUGGGGUACAGAUUGUAUGUGUGGCCCUUGGGGUCCUGGGCCUGAUCGGGGGCAUUGUGUGCUGUGCCAUCCCUAGGUGGAAAGUGUCAUCAUUUACAGGACAGAAUAUCGUAACGGCACAGGAAACUGAAGAGGGUCUGUGGAUGACCUGUGUGGUGCAGAGUACUGGCCAGCAGCAGUGUAAGAGCUAUGAGUCCCUGCUGGUCCUGCCAUCUAACCUGCAGGCGGCCCGCGCCAUGACCAUCAUCAGCUGCAUGGUCACCUCCCUGGCCAUCCUCAUCUUGUUCGCCGGCGCCGACUUCACCACCUGCGUGGAGAAUGAGGACAUCAAGCCCAAGAUCAGCCUUGUGGCUGGGAUCGCUCUGUUGGUGUCUGGCCUCCUCCUCAUCAUCCCUGUCAGCUGGUCCGCCCACAACGUCAUCAGCAACUUCUACAACCCCCUUGUGGCCCAGAAGAUGGAGCUGGGAACCUGUAUCUUUAUUGGCUGGGCUGCUGGGGUGCUGCUGAUUCUGGCCGGAGGCCUGCUCAUGUGCUUCAGCAGAGCCAAAUCUGGCAGCUCGGGAGGAACCGCCAAGUACUACAGUAACAGCGCUUCAGCCCCCGCUGCCAACAAGAACUACGUCUAGUGCAUGUAUUACACCUCUGUAUGUUUGUAUGUGUGUAGAGAGAUAGUUUGAUGGAAAGGAAAUGGGUCAGACAGAAUGAAAACAAGAAAGGGGAGGGGUUUAACCUUGAGGAUAAAGAAGGGACAUUAUGAGCGGAAAUAAUGGUUGUAAAUAUUGAAUAUUUCAAAAUAGUAAGACUGGUUUAGUUGUAGUUAAUCCAAGGGUCCAAUAUGGUGGUUCAAUUUAAAAUACAAAUAUAUGUUUAUUUUUUUGGGGGGGACUAACUCAAUAUACUAUAAUAUACUACAAAUCGAAACUGUGUAGGGAUGAUGAUGUACCUACAUUCAUACAGUUUCUUAACUGUGUCCAACUCACUAAGAAUUACCUACAUGAAGGUUAGACAGUCAAGGAGCACCGGAAAUUCCAAAAACGAUGGAUAGAGGAAAUUAUUUUACAAAUUGUGACGGCGAGGAAAUAUAACCAAUUUUCAGUGUGGAUCUCCGGACCUCGUUGAAGACCAAAUGCAGCCCCCGGGGCAGAAGGAGUUUGACACCCUUGUUGUAAUGUGUUAUCUCGUUGAGUUUUUUAAUGCUUGGUGGCAUGCUUCUAUAAUGCCAUGAAUGAACAACAGAGAGCAAGGUGAGGGACUCAGUGGUCAUGCAUCUCCAAAUACAGGUAGAGUUAAAUGACUGUAUAUAUCAUUUACAUCCAUGAGAUCACAACUUUUUUACUUAUGUAUAUCAGCUUGUCUUUUACUUUUGUGUAUCAAAUACUAAAUACAUGUUUUUAUUUUAUUCUGUUGCAAUAUAAAUGAUUGUCAUCUC